UGCGUGUUAUCCUUGCAUCAAACCGUGGAACUGUUAUGGAACUUGGUAUUACCCCCAUUGUGACAUCUGGAUUGGUGAUGCAACUCCUGGCUGGUUCAAAAAUCAUCGAGGUGGACUACAGUGUUCGUGAGGAUCGAGCACUCCUAUUGGCAAAAGUAGAAUUCAGAUUUGGAUCGGGGGGAAAAUCAAAAUGGUCGACUAGUCGUCUCGUUCCGAUUAUCGUCUUCCGAGACACUGGAAAUGUAUCCGGGCUAAAGUCCCGUAGGCUUCGUGCUGGAAAUAUAUUCGGGCCAAAGUCCCGCAGGCUUCGUGCUGGAAAUGUAUCCGGGCCAAAGUCCCGCAGGCUUCGUGCUGGAAAUGUAUCCGGGCCAAAGUCCCACAGGCUUCAUGCGGGAAAUGUAUCCGGGUUAAAGUCCCGCAGGCUUUGUACUGGUAAUAUAAUUUCGGGUUUUAUACCUAGUAGGCCAAGUGCCGAUGAAUUUGAUAAAAGUAUACAAUUACAAGAUCCUACACUAAGUUGACAAAUUGAAAGUGAAUUACAUAUUAAGUUGGCCAGGUAUGUAUCAUGUACGCGUAUGCGAUUUUGAUUUGAAUUAAAUUAUAAAUAUAUAAAGUGAUGCAUCUGUGAAUAA